UCAUAGUUCUCCGUCAAGUCCUGGAGAAGACCCUACUAGUAUCUCUAGCACCUUGCCCUCAGAGCAUCAUCUGGCACCAUCCAACUUGCAGAUCUUCCCAGAAAUUUUCCGAAAGUAGUACAUCUGUAAGCUGGACGCCAGUAAAGGUGACCAGGCACUGCAAUAGCAUCAAAACCAUCAGAUUUUUCAAACAUGUCUCAAACGCCCUUUCCACCAAGGAGACCUGGCUUGAAGGUAUGCUAUAUCUGUGGCAGAGAAUUUGGGUCGCAGUCUAUUUCUAUACAUGAAUCUCAGUGCCUAAAGAAGUGGCAUAUUGAAAACGAUCAACUACCAAAGCACCUUAGAAGACCAGAGCCCAGGAAACCUGAGGUCCUUCCUGGUGGUUCCUAUACACUUGCAGAUGAAAAUGAGGCGGCUUAUCAGAGUGCUCAAGCCCAGCUCGUGCCCUGUAGAAACUGUGGCAGAACCUUUUUUCCUGAGCGUCUCCCUGUGCAUGAAAGGUGUUGCAGAGGAGGUAGCAGCACUCAUAAAUCUGGUAAAGGACCAAGAACUGGAACUGGCUCAGAAAGAUAUGGUCAAUCUGAGGACCAUCAAGGAAUGAGUGGGGCUGCAUCAGCUGCACAGGCAAAAGUGAUAAAACGGCCACCAACAGUGAUUUGUUACAUAUGUGGUCGUGAGUAUGGAACAAAAUCUAUUAGUAUUCAUGAACCACAAUGCCUGAAAAAAUGGCACCAGGAGAAUGACAACCUACCCAAGCACUUGAGAAGGCCAGAACCUAAAAAGCCUGAAGUCAGAAUUGUGCAAGCCAAAGGUUUCUAUGAUCUUGAUUCUUUAAAUGAGGCAGCCUGGAGCAGCGCCCAGACCCAGCUAGUUCCAUGUGAUAUUUGUGGGCGUACUUUUCUUCCAGACAGACUGAUCGUCCACCAGAGGUCCUGUAAACCGAAACCUGCAAAGUGAAGUGGAUGUAACACACAUAGAUACAAAUACAUGCCUGCUAACAUACAAACGCACAUGUUUACCCUAAG